CGAGGGGCGGCUCCCGCCCGGCGAAGCGCGAUUGCUCCGGCGGCUGCAGCUGGGCGCAUCAAGGCGGCGGCGGGACUGGGUGACCGGGCUGGGCGGCGGGCAGCGCCCCAUCUCAUGCCGGGCCGCCGCCGCCGCCAGCGUUGCUGCUGCGUCUGCGUCUGCUGCUGAGCCCGGAGCCGGCGGGCGAGGCGACGUGCGGGGCGCGCCCUGGUCUCUGCCUCCCUGCCGCGCGCGCCUCGGCCAGCCCCGCACCCCACGGUGCGCGCGGACGGCGCUCCCCCAAACCCUCCCGCCACCCCCCACCCCCACCCCCCGGCGCCGGCAUGGAGCUGGAGGCCUCGCUGGAGCAGUCGGUGCAGACGCGCAUCUUCAAGAUCAUCGUCAUCGGCGACUCCAACGUGGGCAAGACCUGCCUGACGGUGCGCUUUUGCGGGGGCGCCUUCCCGGCCAGCACUGAGGCCACCAUCGGCGUGGACUUCAGGGAGAAGGCGGUGGAGAUCGAGGGCGAGCACAUCAAGGUGCAGGUAUGGGACACAGCUGGCCAGGAGAGGUUUCGGAAGAGCAUGGUGGAGCAUUACUACCGCAAUGUGCAUGCUGUUGUCUUUGUCUAUGAUGUUACCAAGAUGGCGUCCUUCCUCAACCUAAAGACCUGGAUUGAGGAGUGCAACGGCCACGCCGUCCCUGCACUUGUCCCAAAGGUGCUCGUCGGAAACAAGUGUGACUUGCAAGAUCAAAUCCAGGUGCCGUCCAGUGUGGCCUUGAAGUUUGCCGACGCUCACAAUAUGCUUUUAUUUGAAACCUCGGCCAAGGACCCCAAAGAAAGCCAGAAUGUGGAGUCUAUUUUCAUGUGCCUGGCUUGUCGGCUGAAGGCCCAGAAAUCUCUGCUGUAUCGGGACAUGGAGAGACAGCAAGGGAAGGCCCAGAAAACGCAGCUAUUGCCAGAAGCGAGCGGCAAAAAUUCCUGUCCCUGCUGAACUGCUGAGGUUUCUGUUCCUGAUCAUUUUAAUGAAGAGGGGCAGGCAGUUUUGUGCCUGCACAAACUGAACAGUCCCCUGAUAGUCUCAAUCUAAAAUAAUGCUAAAUUAAUAAAAUUUGUAUGGCUCACAA